UUGACAUUUAAAAUUGAAAAUGGAAUUAUGUGAUAUAAUAAUAAAUAGAAUAUUAUUGUUGAUAUCUGAUCAUCAUUUUUUCACAUGUAGAAUUUAAAGAUUUGGCUGUUGUAAAUAUGGAAUGGUUGCGAAAUCGACCUAUACUAAAUAAACAACCUCGUGCCUUGUUAUAUGUCGAGGAAGACUGUGAUCCUCAAGCAUGUUAUGAUAGCUUUAAGGAACAUUGGCAACAAGCCCUUAAAAUAAUUCAACGAGUACAACAACUGCCUAAGCAUGAUGAUGUAUUAGGAGUAAUGAAUCAUUUAGAACAAAUGGUAACUCUACUUCUUUACGAUAUAAAAAAGAUGAACAAACUGCAAACUCCAAUUUGUGAUAGUUCGAUGUGUUUAGAUCAUUUAUUAACAGAAAAUAUACUUGAUAAACUGAACAAAUGGGGAUCGAAAGCUGGGAAAUAUACCAAUGCAGUAAGAUGUGAACAAUUUAAGAUAUACGAGAUGUUACUAAGUCAGUCCCGUCAUGUUCUUCUAGUUCAUGAACCUUUCUUGAAACCGUUAUUAAGUUUGUUAAAAUCUUGCCAAACUGAGAUGUUUUCUAAGGAAAUGGAAAAGUUUUUAGUGGAUUUGUUGUAUCAACUGUGCACUCUCUUAAUGCAGAAUAAUGAGUUAAUCGAUUUGUUUUUCUUCAACGAACAAGGCAAGAACAAGUUCAUAAUUUUCAUCCUACUGGUAACAUUUGUGCACAGAGAUGAUUCAAUUGGUAUGCGAGCUAGAGAUGCGCUCCUCCUUUGCAUGUCAAUGUCAAAGAAAAACGACAGUGUUGCCACUUUCAUAACGGAAACUUCAAAUAUCUCCGUGCUUGUAGCGUCAGGUUUGAGCGGACUUUAUUCAGUUCUACCAAAUUAUCUCGUCGACAUUGCGAUUCCUGAUUGGUAUAGAUUUACACCGGAUGACGUGAAUGAUAUUAAAGGAUUGUCUACAUUUAUUACAUCAUUGGAGUUCAGCAAUGCGGUAGCACAAGUCGCGAAAGCAUCUAUUUGUAAACAAUUGCAAGAAUUUAUUUAUAGAGGAUUUUUGAUACCUGUUUUAGGACCUGCCUUAUUGCAGAAUAAUGUAGAAGAACAAGUGGCUUCGAUGGCUUAUACAGAGCUUAUAUUGAGGACUGUAACUGAACCAGGGCUACUUUAUUCGUUACUGGAAUUUUUAUUGAAGACAGAGUAUGACGGAAGAAGAUUAGUCACUAUUUUGAUACAGAGACUUGGCACCGAUAAUCAUCAACUUUCUCUAGUGACUCUGUCUUUAUUUGAAACGAUGAUCGAUAUGAAUUCUGAGGAUUUGAUGCUCGAAUUUGUUUUUCAGUACCUUCACCCGUGUUUGCACAUUAUGUUCUCCCAUAGGAUAAAUUUGUUGAUGUUGGACCCCUAUUGCAAUAGUUUUGAAAAAUUGUUGAUUUUAGCACCGAGUUGCUGCGAUUUUGAAAACAAUUUACAGUUGUUGCCUGGUGACGGAAGUUCACAUAACAAUGAUGCUCAAAAGAGUUUAUGUGGAAGGUACGACAGUUAUUUAUAUGAUGCUAGAAAUAGGAUAGCAAGUUGUAUGCAAGCAUGUGGUAGUUGGAGUAAUUCAUACAGCGGCAAACACGUAUUCAUUGACAGGUUGGAAAAUGCAGAAAGUUCAAAUUCAUCCCUGCAAAGCAUUGGGUAUAAAAGUGCCGAGAUGUCGAAAUCUGAAGAAAAUUCUUUGGACAAUUGUUGGAAAUUCUCAUCGAACAAAACAGCUGAAAAUUUGGAAAUGAAACCUGUACCAAUUCGAAAUGGAAGUAACGAGGAUAAAGCUGGACCAUUUUUAACGUUGUUGUUACAAAAACUAAAUAACUAUUUAUCGAACUCGUUUUACGUUAAUCUACAUUUAACAGGUUUGAUAUCUAGGUUAGCAAUAUUUCCACAGGCCUUGUUGAGAACGUACCUACUUGACCACAGUUUAGUACUUCAACCUGAUGUGCCAUCACUAUUUCAAAUUAUUGGUUCGUUGAAACAAAAAAUCGACGAAUACAUGUCGAAAAGGACAGACAGGGUGGACUUGAUGAAAUACGCAAAAAAAUUCAUGAUAGCGAGAGAGACACGUUUAGUGAAUGCUCGAAGACACGUGAUACAACAAAGCAAUUCGGAAAGGAGUGAUUUCUUUCAAAGAAACAGCCCGAGAACGAGAAGUUUGAAUUUAUCAUCGAUUAGCGGGAUGUUUGUAAGGAGGUCCAGCAACGUGACAGAUCCAGGGUUACCAAUGUUAGCAACUACUGAUCAUUCAUUUCAGGUUAUUUACCCUAAAUUUAAUGAAAGUCAACAUGUUGCCUUAUGCGCUGUCUUAUUAGAAGAGUGGGUUAAGGAAUUAGCAGCGAUCGCUCAAGAACACACAAUUGCACAACUUGCCAGUAGUCGAAAACAAUAUUUUGAAUUUUAAACUUUUCAUAGUGUUUAGUGUGGUAAGCAUGUUUGGUUGAGCUAAAAAUGUGAUUUUAUUAUAGUUCUUUACAAAAAACAGUUUUAAUAGGUGAAUGUUGAAGGGAAAAAGUCUAUGAGCAUUAAAUCUGUUUAGUCUGCAAUAACACACCUUAUUUAUGAUUUAAAAUAUUAUAAACACUCCAUGUCAUGUACAAAAAUCUUUCAAUUGCAAAUCAUUAGGUGGAAAAUACGAACAAUUCUUUCUUUUAAGAUUCUUCACAAAGCUAUUAAUUCAAAACUGAAUUUUUUCAGUCCUCAAGGUUUAUAUGAAAGAAUGAUUUAUAUAAUAUGAUUUAUAUUUGCUUUAAAUUUACAUUUUAUCAAAAUGUUUUGGUUUAUCAUGGAAAUCUGGUCUCAAAUUGAAGGUAUAAAUGACAUGGAUAAAAUUUUCUACAGCAUUGAUAAUACUCCAGUCAGUUAAAUUAAAUAAUUUAUUUUGUUAUAUGAAAAUUGUUGAUCUGAAAUGUAUUCUGCAAUUUGAACCUAAUUAAAUAUUGUUAUUUUGUAUAUUAUUAACUUUACAAACCUCUAUGUUUUAUUAACAUAAAUUCUUUUGUAGAUAUUGUAGUUUCUUAUUCCUGAAUAUUUUAAAUAAAAUAUAUUUUUAUGUACUA